UAUCCCUCAAGUAAACCAUGACAAAGUCAUCGAUUACUUUUAGUCGUCGUUACUCUUUGUUAAUGAUCAUGUUUUUCGCGUUGUGUCUGGCUGCGAAGGCACAGUUAAGUACAGAUUUCUACAAGGCAACAUGUCCUGAUCUUCUCAAAAUUGUCCGGAGAGAGGUUCUGAGUGCAAUCAAGACUGAAAUGCGAAUGGCUGCUUCUUUGCUUCGGCUACACUUCCAUGACUGCUUUGUCAAUGGUUGUGAUGCAUCGCUACUACUGGAUGUAACUGACAGUGAGAAGGCUGCCUUGCCCAAUUUGAACUCAGCAAGAGGAUUUGAAGUUGUGGACAGAAUCAAGAGCUCUGUAGAGAGUGCAUGCAGUGGAGUUGUAUCGUGUGCUGAUAUACUAGCCAUAGCUGCCAGAGACUCUGUGGUCCUAAGUGGAGGAACUUCAUGGAAAGUUCUACUGGGAAGAAGAGAUGGAUUGGUGGCAAAUCAAACAGGAGCAAAUAAUGGACUUCCUUCUCCAUUUGAAACUCUGGAUGUGAUCAUUUCCAAGUUUGCCACUGUAGGCCUCGAUGUCAAAGAUGUUGUGUCCUUAUCAGGAGGUCAUACAAUUGGGUUGGCAAAGUGCGGCACUUUCAGCAACAGGCUUUUCAACUUCUCAGGAACAGGUAGUCCAGACAGCACAUUGGAUCAAAGCAUGUUAACUGAUCUACAAAACUUGUGUCCACUCACUGGUGAUGGAAGCAACACCGCGCCGUUUGAUCGAAACUCAGCCGAUCUUUUUGACAACCAUUACUUUCAGAACUUGAUUAAUGGAAAGGGCCUUCUUGGUUCUGAUCAAAUUCUGUUUUCCAGUGAUGCAGCUGUGACAACAAACACCAAAAGUUUGGUCCUAAGCUAUAGCUCUAAUUCUAGGCUUUUCCUCAGUGAUUUUGCUGAUUCUAUGGUCAAGAUGGGGAAUAUAAGUCCUCUUACUGGGUCUGCUGGAGAGAUCAGAAAGAACUGCAGGCUGGUUAAUUCAUGAAAACAAUACAUAUAUGCUAGCAACAUUUGAAAAAUUAUUGUCCCUUCCACCUGAAAUUUAUGAAAAAUGUAUGUGGCAGUGAAAAACCUCAUGAUCCUUUCUCUUGUGGACACAAGACUUCAGA